AUGGGAUUCGGAACCUGGAUCAUCAAGGACACCCUCGCUGGCAACACCGACCGUCCUCGCUCAAGCUCAGUAGUCUCUGACGCAACCGAAGUGGACAACGUCUCCACCUUUGGCACCUCUCCAGUCCAGACUCGCUCCUACUCAGUUUCCACCGCCACCGAGCAACCUUGGGUAAACGCUACUUAUGCCAACCACCGCGGCUCCUUCGGCGCAGACCAGUGCGGUGUCGAGAACAACACCCUUCAAAAGUGCUAUACCAAGUCUGGUGACUGGGCAAAGUGUGAGCAGGAGGUUAUGAAGUUCAAGAACUGCUGGAAGAGCGUGAAGUGAACUUGCCGCGGCCGAGGAGAGCAUCCUGUGUGCACAGAAGCAUCAACAGAAAGGAGAGUGUACGAUUAUUGAGGGACAUGGUUUGGGUGGGUCUGGGUUGAUCCUACGGU